AUGAGUUAACACGUUAAGGGUAACUUGCAUAAAAGUACUCAAAACAUUUUUUUAGGUGAUCGCUCUUCGCUACUUAAGUAGUGACUCGCACCAGGAAGUACUGGCUGACACCAUAGGGGUCAGCCAGAAGACGGUAUCUAACGCUGUGCGCGAAGUAGUGAAAGCGUUGAAUCAUCCAUUAAUUGUACGCCACUUCAUUCGGCGCGAUAGACGGAAGCUGCAUCAAACUACAAAAGCUAGCACACUCGGGUUGGCAGUAUUACUGUCGCAAAGGUUUCACUGCCCUCAACGUGCUGGCGCUGUUGAUGCCCGCGGACGGUUUGUGCAUGUGAACGCCAACUUCCUUGGUUCUGUGCACGAUGCUCGCAUCUACGCCUGUUCCCAGGUGAUGCUUUCGAAGAAGGACGAGUACUGCCUGGAUAUUGUUUCCUUAGAGACUCUGGAUUUGCUAAUGGGAACGAUAUCAUCACGCCCAUUAGAAAUCCAUCAACUAGGCAGGAAGUGUCCUAUAACCGAUGGCACAAGAAGAUGCGAGUUAUAG